AUGUUCCUCAGCGCGACCGAAACAUCCCACCAUGUUGCCAAGCGCGACGAAGAAUAUUCCAUACCGAAGCCCCUGAUCGUUCUCCUCAUCAUGGUCGGCGCCUUGAUCUUGGUGUGCAUGGGUUACGCUAUACACAAAACUUUUGGCUUCGGACACAAUCCACAUGAAUGGAGGCCUUUUUCGGCAGAGCAACAAGAGUACAUGGCAGAAGUGAGAGUGAGGAACAUGGAAAAAUUGAUGAACGAGGGGGCGAAGAGCCGUGGUAUUGUGCUGAGACAGGCAGAGACAGUGUACUGA